AUGGAGUCUGUGCCUCCCACUCUCUCCCCUUCUCGAACCACUUGCGGCUCUCUCCUCCGCGAAUUACAGAUUAUAUGGGACGAAAUUGGGGAGUGUGAUAGUGAAAGAGAUAAGAUGCUUCUACAACUCGAGCAAGAAUGCCUCGAUAUUUACCGUAGGAAGGUUGAGAAAACGAGAAAAUAUAAGGCCGAUUUGCACCAACAGUUAGCAGAAGCAGAAACUGAAAUUGCCGGGAUUGCAUCUGCUCUCGGCGAAGGCUUCUCUUCCUUUUCACGAGGAAGGGGCACUCUCAAGGAGCAAGUCGUUGCUAUAAAACUUAUUUUGGAAGAAUUGAGAUCAAAGAAACGCGGAAGAUUGAAGGAAUUUUCAGAAGUUCAAUUGCAAAUUGUCUCCAUAUGCUCAGAAAUAGCUGGCAGUGGUCAAUCAAAAAGUUAUGUCGAUCCGCAAAUUCAUGAGCAUGAUCUAACGGCGAAGAAGCUGAGCGAACUUAAACUGCACCUCCAAGAAUUGCAGAAUGAAAAGCAUUUACGUCUACAAAAGGUGAACACCAAUAUCAGUCUCAUCCACGAGCUAUCAGUGGUGAUGUCAAUGGAUUUUCUAAAGACUGUAAAUGAAGUCCACCCAAGCUUGGGUGAUCCUAAAAGUGGGCCCUCGAGGAGUAUUAGUAAUGAUACUCUUGCAAGAUUGAAUGGUGUAAUUAAUUCUCUAAAACAGGAAAAACAAGAAAGGUUACAAAAGCUUCAAGAUCUUGGAAGGAGGUUGACGGGACUAUGGAAUCUCAUGGACGCACCUGCUGAUGAGCGAAAAAGAUUUGACCAUGCUACCUGUUUAAUGUCAUCUUCUGUUGAAGAGGUGUCUGCGAAAGGAUGCCUUGCUUUAGAUAUUAUUGAACAGGUUGAAGUUGAAGUCGAGAGGUUAAAUAUUCUGAAAACUAGCAAGAUGAGGGAGCUAAUUUUUAAGAGGCAAACAGAACUCGAGGAAAUAUAUGAAGGGGUUCACAUGGAUAUCGACAGUGAUGCUGCUCGAAAGACUCUUACCAGUCUAAUAGAUUCAAGUAAUGUCGAUCUUUCCAAUUUACUUUCUAGCAUGGAUGAUCAGGUUUCUGAAGCUAAGGAGCAGGCUCUAAGUAGGAAGGAUAUAUUGGACAAGGUAGAAAAAUGGCAAUUUGCAUUGCAGGAGGAGAAGUGGCUCGAAGACUAUGAAAGGGAUGACAAUCGUUACAGUGCGGGAAGAGGAGCUCACAAGAAUUUGAAACGCGCUGAGAAAGCACGGGUGCUCGUCACCAAAUUACAUUCCAUGGUUGAAAGUUUGGCUGCUAAAGUUAAAGCUUGGGAAUCAGAAAAGGGAAUUACUUUCUCAUAUGAGAAGGUUCCCCUUCUGCGUACCUUGGAGGAGGAUGCAAAGUUGCGGCAGGAGAGAGAAGAAGGGAAGCGAAAAUCACGGGAGCAGAAACGGUUGCAAGAACAACUCGCUUCAGAGCAAGAGGCACUAUAUGGAUCAAAGCCAAUACCUAAGAAACCAUUGGGUCAGAGCAACACGAUGUUGGGGACCCCCGGUCGCCGGAUUGGAACUCCAGGUCGGUAUGGGUUUUCCGGCAGCAAAGAUCGAAGAGAAAGCGGGAGAGUACCUAACAUAAUACCAGUCAACUAUGUUGCUCUUCCAAAAGAUGAUUCAGCUUCCAAGGGAGCCUGAGGCAGAGGCAGAGGCAGAGGCAGAGGAAGGUUAUACAUUCUAAUUCUCAUUGUAUAUGAUAUAUGCUUCCUGUGUUGCUCAUCAGAUUCUCAUCCCUUAGCCUUUUCUUUUUUGUUGCAUUUGUUAGAUUCCUUUUGCUUCCUGCAAGGUGGAAUUAAUCAUACUACAGUUUUAUUCUCUUCUAUGUGACUGAUACCAACAAUAUUAUUAGUCUAACCAUGAGAGAUCUUAUAAUUGUGUAAUUAGUCCUUAUGAAGAAGUGCCCCUUUCGCUUUGUUUUUCUUUU